AUGGCGGACGUGUGGAUUUCCCGGAAACGAUGGACUUGCAAAUACUGCAAUGUGACGAUCAACGAUGACAUACCAUCACGAAGGCACCAUGAGAAUGGCUUGCGUCACAAACACAAUGUAGAGCGUGCUUUGCGAGCACUACACAAGGAAAAUGAUGCGAAGCGACGCGCAGAGGUACAAGCCCACAUGGAGCUACUGAGGAUUGAAAAGGCUGCUUCGCGAGAUCAUAGGAAGCAUGAUCGUGGCUCCUCAUCGACGGCCAGCCACCCGCCAACCUUAUCACGUCCUAGUGCGUGGACGCCCACGAACAACAUGGCAUCUUAUACCACAGCCGAAUCUCUAGGUGUGUCUGGAGAUGAAGAUGCUCAAUGGCUCGCGAAGCGUGCGAAAAAGAAAGAAACAGUGCACAUUGGUGAGUGGGAGACGUAUACACCUACGUCUGCCACUACGUCUUCGCUGUCAUCCGUGUCCACAGCUGGGCCUAGUGUGACAUCAGAUCGAGAUGAGAAGCGCCAUUUUGAGCUUACGGAAAAGACGUUGGCGGAGGAUGAAGAAGACGAAGAGGACGAAGCGCCCAUUGUGCUCAAGCGACCUCGCACUCAGCCCAUGGAGCCGGUAAAAAAAGAGGAGGACGAGACUGUGCCCCUUCCUCGCCUAUCUACGCCGCCACCUAUCAACGAAGAAGAGACGCCUGCAUCUGAUACCAAUCUAUUCCGCAAACGAAAGGCACGUAGCGGCACUGCGAAGAAAAUCGGUAGUGCUGGCUUUGUAUAG